AUGUCGUUCGGCUUCGGGAUCGGCGACAUAAUCGCCUGCUCGGAGGUGGCAUGGAAGACUAUCAACGCCCUCAAGUCCGCAGGCUCAGAUUUUGAGGGCCUGCGCCUCGACCUGGCUAGCCUGACAUCCGUCCUUCAGGCCCUCGAGGCCGAGGCUAAAGGGCCGAUGCCGCUGAUCAAGACGGCAAGCAUGGAGCGGCAGAACCAGAUGCGCAUCCUGUUGUACAACUGCACCGAGAGCAUGAAAGACCUGCAGGGCGUCGUUGGGAAGUAUAGCGGCUGGGGUGCCGACAAGAAGAGAGACUUUGUGGCGUGGAUGAAGUUCGCGGCCAAGGACAAGCGCGGCCCGCGGGAAAAGCUCGCUAUCCAUACUGCGAGCAUCAACAUAUUCUUGACGACCUUGAGUCAUGGCUCGCUGGCGAGGUUGGAGUUCUUGAUCAAGAACGGAUCACAGGCUGCUCACCAGGGGCAUGCUCCCGAUGGAACGAAAGGCCUUGACUUUUCCGCUGCUACAACGCCUUGGGGAAUGUCACAUGGACACUCCAAAAGGAAUGAUAAUGUCAUUUGGCAGGAUAUUGGGAAGUCACUACAGCGCGAGGGCAUCACCGACAAGGACAUAGAGGCGUUUCAGGAGGAGAUCAAGGCCUAUGCACGCUAUUUGGUCCGCGGAGAGACACCUUUCUGGAAAGAAUCAAUGUCGAGGUCCCGUAGCGACGAGGUGCACAGAGUAGCGGACACGGUACCAGCUUCCGCACUCUUCGGCUCGAGCGCACCCAUAUAUGAAGAUGAAGCCAGAAGACUGGCGCUUAGGGCCGAGGUUAAGCAGGCUCGUCAGGUACAACGCUUGGAUACAGAUGAUCUAGCGGAGUUGGAAUCCGAGAUGAGGAGGAUGAAAUUGGAAGCCGAGAUCAGGAAGACAAAGGCUCAUGAAGACGACAUGAGGCUACGUAAGGAGGUGCGAGGUGGAAGGGAAGAAACAAUAAAGAGGGAGGAGGACGUGGCAUCCUUAGCUUAUAAGUUUGAAAGUCUCUUCGAUUUCGACACAGAACUCGCCCAUGCGCCACCUGAGGCUCCAGAUCAUCAGCCUACGACUGUUCCGGCACCAGUGCCUAUGAAUGACGAUGUGAAGACGCAGGAUCUGGAGAUGCGCAAUGCACGGGUAUAUAAGAUCAACAAGAGGAUUGAAAAGCUUUUGGACAGGCGUGAACGCUAUGUUCAAGAGGGGAGGCUAGAUGAGAUGGCGGAGCUCGAAGCCAAUGAUAUCCCGGAACAGGUCAAGCUGUUGAAGCUGGAAAGAGUGGCCGUAUCCCAUGAAAGAGCCUGGAGGUGGAACUAUUGGUGUGAUGUUUGUACCUUUCGUAUCCCAAGUGACCACUAUCAUUGCACGCAGUGUCGAGGCGGGAAUUGGGAUAUCUGCCAGGAAUGUUGGGACAAGGGCGCGAGAUGCAGUGGCCAUGGGAAUCACAGGAUCAUCUUUUCCGGUAGGAGUUCUGCUUAA